AUGACAAGGUCUAUGAUCAAUGCGAUGGAUGAUUCUUUGUUUUCAAUUUUGGUUGAUGAGUCUUGUAAUAAUUCUAUAAAAGAACAAAUGACAGUUGUUUUGAGGUUUGUUGACAAAAGAGGGCAAGUGAAGGAGCGUUUGUUGGGCAUUUUUCAUAUCGCUGGUACUUGUGCCCAAUCACUUAAGGAUGUCAUUCAUGCAAUGUUUUCUACACAUGGGUUGAGCAUAUCUAGCCUGAGAGGUCAAGGUUACGAUGGAGAAAGCAAUAUGUCACGUGAGUCCAAUGGCUUAAAUGCUUUAAUUUUAAGAGAGAACCCAUGUGCUAUGUAUAUUCAUUGCUUUGCUCACCAAUUUCAAUUGGCAAUUGUUUCUGUGGCACAUAGGAAUGUUAUGAGACUUAAUAUUGAGGAUGGUGGAACUGAUGUUCUUGAGAAUAUAUCAGAAGACGACAUAAGUUUAGAGCAAAACUUAAUGGCCGUAAGACAGAUGGACACUAGGCAAGAUUUUCAAUUUGUGUUCAGUCUCCAUUAUAACAUGAGAGACAAUGGUAAGGAUACUUUGUUGAGUAAGGUAAUUAAGUUUUGUGUUGAUAGACAUAUUACAGUGCCCAAUAUGGAUGAUAGUGUAGUAUUGAAAGAUUCAAUCUUGCAAGAGUUGAAUGAUAUUUUUUCAGAAAUAACUUAUGAGCUUUUUACUUGCAUUUCGUGUUUAAAUCUAAGAGAUUCAUUUGUAGCUUUUGAUGUAUGUAAAUUGGUACGUCUUGCUCAGAUAUAUCAUUUGGAUUUCAAUAGUGAAGAGCUUUUAUUACUUAAACUACAAUUUGACAAGUUGAUCACAUUAGUUUUGAUAUUAACUGUGAUGAUUGCAAGUGUUGAAAGGGUAUUCUCUGCUAUGAAUCUUGUCAAGAAUUAUUUGCGCAACAAAAUGGGAGAUGAAUUGUUGAAUGACAAUUUGGUGGUUUACAUGGAGAAAUAUCUUUUUAUAAAACUUGAGAAUGAUGCAAUAUUGCAAUGUUUUCAAAAUAUGAGACCUCGUAAAAUUCAGUUGUCUAAGUUUACAAUUACAAA